AUGCACAUGUUCCUAGAUGCCUGGAUAGAGCCAGUAAUGCAUUGGCGGCUGCCUACUUCAUGGCGGACUUUAGAAGAUCAAGUAGAUUUCUGGAUAGGGAGGAUGAAUGGACGAAUGGAGGCUGAGUUGUCCACAGCACGAGGACACAACAAACCAUUCCACUCCACGCCAUUCUCCGCCACACUACCACCGCCUUUCACCCGCCUAGCCUCGAGUGUUGGUUCAUCCUCCUCCUCCGGGUCUAAACGUGGCAGGGGGAGACAGGGGGUUCUAGGACAGCAGCACUACUCACUCACCUCCGUCACCCCUGCCACCACCACCCCUGCCACCACUAGUAACAGCAGCAGAGGCACAGAACGUUUCAGGACACCACAAACAGGACGCUCCCCAAGGUCUCCAAGCUCAGUGUUCAGCCGUACCAGUUCAGGACCCAGCAGGACGCCAGGAUCUUGUAGGAGUAGCAGCAGAAGGACUCCCAGCUCGGUGUGUGGUACCAGGACGCCAGGGUCAGUGUGCAGGACGCCUCUUGUGCAGCAGGACCCCUUGCCUUCUACUAUUGUUGGCGUGGUGGAGGGACGAGGGCAGGCGCAGGGGGAGGUGGGCGUGGCGGCGGUGGAUCUGCGGCGCCCACACCUCACCCUGGCACAGUUCUCGGACACUCACACAUACACCCACACCCUCACCAAACUAGGCCUUCUCAACCCGCUGGAGGUGGUGGUGGCGACAACAGCAGCGCGGCCUGAGAGUGAGGUGGGGCUCGGGGGGCGUGGCAGCAGGGGCCUUCUGAGGAUGGUGCAGGAGUGUCUUCCGGACGUGUCAGUCACCGCCAUUCACCGCAAGUACUUUAACGACGCCCGCGGUCUGGCCACCAUCAAGCACCUGGCGGCCCCACACUGCGCCUUCGUGGAGCGCCAGGUGGCCAACAGGUACUACAGCUUGGCGGCUGCGGCGGCGGUGAUGAAGUACGUGGAGCAUGUACAGCACAUCACCUACGCCCCGCACAGCCUACACGUCGAGCUCACUUCCUCCGAGGACACUAUGACUCUGGACUUCUGGUCGUGGCGUGCCCUGGAGGUGGUGAGGAGUCUACACGGGGAAUGGCAGGACUCUCUCUUCGGUGCCCUGAGACACACACGCACUCCUGCAGGCACGAGGAAGCUCCGGGCGACCCUCCUGCAGCCCUUCUCAGACCCCCGCACCAUCAACGCUCGCCUGGACAGCCUGCAGUACCUCGCCCAGCACCAGGACCUCUUCCACACCCUCCAGUCUAUCCUGGGGCGGUUCCCUGAUAUCGACUGGUUGCUGUCCAUGUGCGUCCAGGUGCCCAAGGAGGACACGGAACAGCGGUGUGAGCAGCGUCUUAACUACAUCAUUGGCCUCAAGAACACACUAGAGCUCUUGGAACCUCUCGGCCUGGCGCUGGUGGAGGUUGAUGAUCCCUUCCUUGUCUCCAUUCGUGAGACACUGGGGCGGGAGGAGCUGCAGGCGCUACUCGAGGUGUUGCGGGGAGUGUUGCACGAGGAUGCCAGGCUGGUGAAGGGCGCAGCAGCCAUGAGGACACUCCGCUGCUACGCUAUAAGGAGUGGAGUGAACGGUCUGCUCGAUGUGGCCCGCAAGAUUUACUCCGAGAUUAUUGAUGAUAUUACUGAGAGCGUGACGGCAGUGGGGAACCAACACAAGCUCCCUGUUCGCGUGGGUCACAAUGCAGCUCUUGGCUUCCACAUCACCAUCCCAGUGUCUAAGAACCAGACCCCAACCCUCCCACCCUCGUUCAUCAAGGUGCAGCGCGGGCGGGGCCAACUCACCUGCACCACUGAACUCGUGUACCAGUUGGACCAGCGCGCCAGGGACACCGUCAGGGAAAUUCUCGUCAUGAGUAACGUGAUCGUACAAGAGGUGUUGGGAGAGGCACGGGGGAAGAUUGGUGUGCUUCAUGACUUAGGGGAAGCCGUGGCCACGCUAGACCUGGUGGUGGCGUUGGCUCAUGUAGCUUCCCUGGGAGCUUGGGUGCGGCCUGAGUUCUCCCGUACUCUGGCGAUACGCGGGGGCCGGCACCCUAUCCUGGACCUGCUCUCCCCCUCGCCCCCUGUUCCUAAUAACUCGUUCCUGAGCCCGGGCAGCCUGCUAAUGGUGGUGACGGGUCCUAACAUGAGCGGGAAGAGCACUUACCUUCGUCAGAUCGCCCUCAUACAGGUGCUUGCCCAGAUCGGGAGCUUCGUGCCUGCGGAGAUGGCGUCACUGCGUCCGGUAAAGAAAGUGUUCACCCAUCUCAGCUCCGAGGACCAUCCGGAGGGCAACGAGUCUACCUUCCAAGUACAGAUGAACGAGGUGGCUCAUAUGAUGGUGAGCACGGACGAGAGGGGGAGAAGAGGAGGAGGAUCAGGCGGCGAAUUAGCAGGAGCAGGGGCUGAUUCCCUUGUGCUGCUGGAUGAACUGGGCUCCGGGACGUCACUGGAGGAGGGUGGUGCCUUGGCGUGGGCAGUGGUGGAGGCGCUGAGCCAUGUCGGUGCCACAACUAUCCUGGUGACACACACGCUCUUCCUCACUCGUCUGGCCACCCUCUACCCCAAUGUUACCAACUACCACCUGGAGAGCCUGGAGGGGCAGGGAGGACGGCUGCAUCUUACCCACGUGGUGAAAAAAGGCGUGACUCGCACCACACACUACGGCCUGUCCCUCGCCGUCCUCACGUCCUUCCCUCAGCCACUCCUGCAGCGCGCCCACCAGCUCGCACACUCCAUGGCCCCGCCCACUCAGAUGAGCGUGGUCGAUGACAAGGAGGCGGAGGAUGGGCGCCAUGCAGUGUACCGGCUGGCCCACCGUCUCAUGGCCCUGGCGAGCACCCUACCUAACCUCACCAACACCACCAGUGCCUCUAGAGCGCCUUUGGACACAACACACGCAGACACACUUGAUGGCUCACGUGUAGCGCCGUCCUCGUCCUUCCACAUGUCAGAACGUGUUGAGGGCGCUGACACCAAGACGCCGUGUGAUAUGUCUAGCCAAGGCUCCCUACGGACGACAAAUCCCGAUGUACCAAAUGCUCCACUGGUACCUUAUAAUCUCUCCUCCAACACUAACGCAUCUUCUGACUCUAUACCAGCCUCCGCUACCAAUGCAGGACAUACCAGUCACUCCAUGCAAGGCCGAGGGAAUACAGUGAGUGCACGGGCGAGUUCGGAGAGUCUGGAAAGCCAAGGGACGGAGGAGCUCAGGGGACAACUCGAGGCGCUACGUAAGGAAUUCCUGGGGCGAGUGUCAGGCGUGGCUGUGGUGCGGGGCGAAGCGGGGCAGAGGUGUGGGGAGCCGCGGCCGUGCUGA